AUGAGGGUCCGUUUCACUAAACUACUAGGCAGGAGGGCACUGGCUUUGCUCACUGGAUUGGUGCUGCUAUUUUUCUUACUUCCAUCUGAUCAAUACGUCGUUAAUGUCGAUGGGACAACCAGUGUUUUACCAAAGUUCGAAGGUAAACGAGCCAUUGUGUACUCUCCAUUCUACAAAUUGGCCAAUGCUCUCAGCAUGGGCAAGUCCCUCUCUAAAAUAUUACAAGCAUCUGAGAAAUACCAUCAAAUUGGCACAGAAUGGCAAAGACUAAAGCUUCAAGACAAGUGCAGGUAUUAUUUCGAAGCAACCGCAGAGAUUAAUGCAGAAUGGAGCAACGAUGCAGUCAAGACUUUCCAUAACGAAAAUAACCUUGAUGAUCCCUUAGCCGAACUAAUGAUGGAAAGAAUCAGGAUGUAUGACACUUGUUUCCUCUCUGGUGGGUUGUCAUGGAAGAAAGUGUUCCACAAAUCGAAGGUUGAUCCUACUAAAUUGGAGUCUCGGAUCUUCCCAUUUCUAUCCAAGACGGCAAAGCUCAGGGAUAUGUGGCCCGUCAUAAUCGAUGCUAACCACUGGACACAGACUCCCAAAUUUAGCAAUCCAUUGCUAGAAGGUAAGGAUACAUGGAAAUUGGACGACAAUCAUUCUUUCUUUUACAAUUGGAAUAUGUUUGCAUCUGGGAAAGGUAUCGCGAUGUCGUUGGGUUUAAGACAUUUAGAUCAGUUCAAGAAGCUUUUAUUAACACUUGAGGCGCUCAAUAAUACAUUGCCUAUCCAGGUUGUGUACAACGGUGCUGAGCUCACGGAGUUUUUCUUGGACGACGUGCACAGGUUUCUUAACAUAAAUGCGCUUUCGCAAAGGGUAUACUUUGUGAACAUCGGACCCUUGGUCGACAAGAGUUUCGCCAGCAACUACGUUAAAUAUUUUGUGAACAAGUGGAUGGCUCUAUUAUUCAAUACUUUUUCCGAAUGUAUCCUCAUGGAUGCAGACGUCGUGUCGUUUACCAAGCCAGAGUCGUACUUUGACAUGAAUGAGUACAAGAAUACAGGAAUGCUUAUGUUCAGAGAUAGAAAUAUAAUUGAUGAACACACAUUCAAGUACUGCACGGAUACAAUGAGAAUGCUAUUCCCCUCGUCGGAAGAAACCAUUUUGAUGGACCAUAAACCUACUUUCCCAUCGAGCUUGAUAGGAAACGACAACGUCGACGUUGAUGCACUAAGUAUCGAAGAAAGUAUCUUCUACAAAUUUUUCAUCGACUUGCAAUUGCACCACGUCGACACUCCUAACCAACAGCAGCAGCCACAGCAGCAGCAACCAAUACAGCCACAACAGCCUGUCCAACAACAGUAUACCGGUUUUCAGUCGUUCAGUAACGCUGGUGCAUUGGCCCAACAACCAACAGGGUACGGACAGGCGCAGCAACAGCAGCAACAACCACAGGUUCAGCAACAACCAUUGCAACAACAAUCUACAGGAUUCAAUUCUAUGAUGCCACAAACGUCAUUUGGUCAGCAACAAAUGCCUACGACUUUUAAUAAUGGGAUGAAUGCUGGACCAACUGCUCCUUUGAAACCACAACAGACUGGUUUCUACUCUCAGCAACAGCCAUUAGAGCCAUUGAAACCUACAGCUACGGGAUUCAUCAACUCUUUUUCCAACUCUGGAUUCAACAGCACUCUGAAGAUCCCUGCUAUGAGGCUUUCUUUCAUCACUACUCAGGAUCAAGCGAAGUUCGAAAAGCUCUUUAGAUCUGUGGUUUCUCCGGGUUCGAAUACGAUCACUGGUGAACAGUGUAGAAACAUUUUGGUGAAAUCUGGGUUACAACCUUCUCAAUUGGCUAAAAUUUGGACGCUUUCUGAUACAAACAAGGCUGGUGAGUUGCUAUUUCCUGAGUUUGCAUUGGCUAUGCAUUUGGUGAAUUCUGUGUUGCAAGGAGACUCAAUUCCCUAUGAGUUGGAUACCAAGACCAAAAAUGAAGUUUCUAGCUUUGUUGACGCGAUCAACUUCAGUGUUUCCAGCGACUUGGACUCUGAGCCAAAGCCCAAGACACCCUUUGACGACUUGACCGCAGGAAUUUCAAUGAUGCAACCUCAACCAACCGGGUAUAUGCCUCAACUCUCCUUUGGUGGUCCAUCCCAGCAACCUGCAGCACCACAACAGCAACCUUCGUUUACAGGGCUGACUCAACAACCCACUGGUGGCUAUGCUCCAGCUCCACAAACCUCGUUUGGAAAUAACUUGGGUGCGGUAGGCAGUCAAGCAUUACAGCCUCAAUCAACUGGAUACGUGGCACAAACAACUACUGGAGGUUUCCCUCAACAAGCUCUGAACCCUCAACCAACGGGCGGCUUCUCGCAACAACCUUUGAACCCUCAAGCUACGGGAGGUUUCACAUCGGUAUUGAACUCUCAACCAACGGGUAACAUGCCAAACACUUCUUUCUCGCAGCCACAAGUUCCAAUGCAAACUGGAUUUUCUUCUACUGGUGGCUUGCUACAACCACAGGCUACUGGUUACUUACCCCCUUCAAAUUUCCAAGCCACUGCGCCAUUGCAAGCCCAAAAGACUGGUUUUGGAAACAACGAUCUUUAUACACAAGCUAACCUAACUUCCAAGUUCAUCGCCCAAAAGGAAGACACUAUAACGCCCGAAGAAAAAUCAUUGUUCUACAAGAUUUUUGAGACAUAUGAUAUUGAGAAAAAGGGUCAACUAAAUUCUGCGACUGCAGUUGAAAUCUUCCGUAAGUCUGGGUUGAACAGAUCAGACUUGGAACAUAUCUGGAACUUGUGUGAUAUUAACAACAGUGGUAAUUUGGACAAGCAAGAGUUUGCAUUGGGUAUGCACUUGGUUUAUCGUAGAUUGAAUGGUGAAGUCUUACCAAACACUCUACCUCCAAGCUUGGUUCCAUCGUCCACUAAGAUUUUGAAUACUCUGAAGGACCAAUUGAAAUCUAACCGUGACAACAAAACAAAACAGCCUACCAAGGAAGAUGGAUACCGCUUCAAGAACAACGAUGAUGAAUUACUACCAAGUUCAAGAAACAGAAGAAAGACUAUUGACCAGUCCAAGAAGAUCAAUGAGAAUAAGGAAAAAAUUGAAAACUUGAAGAGGCUGAUUAAUGAAAAGAAGGAGUUACUCCAAUUGGAAAAGUCAAGAUUGGAAAAGGAUAAGCAAAGAGAGCAAUCAGAAUCUGCCGAUUUGUUGAGAUCAAUUGAGAAUCUAAAAUCUCAAAUUCAGUCCUUGCCUUCGGCACAAAGAAACAACUCAUCGAAUACCGCCGUUCCUCACGAUUUGCAAGCGAAAUUCGACUCCUUGACGAUUAGACUCCCAAACUUAUUGUCUGAAAUAGCACAAGUCAGUACAGAGCUGAACAAUGCCCAAUUGAAGUCAUUUAAACUCAAGACUCCUUCUUCCAUUAUUGGGACCGGUCCUAAUGGUGAAAUCACUGAAUAUGACCGUAAGAAAGCUAAGCAAAAGCAAAUCCUUGCUGCCAGAAUGGCUGCACUAACAGGUAAGCCAGUUGAAGAGAACUCUUCUAGCAGUCUGGAAGCAGAAGAACAACGUUACAAUGAGGAAGUUUCUCGUAUCCAAAGAGAACAUGAGAAAAAUCGUUCCAUUAUCAAUGACAUCAGCACUUCUAUCCAGGAACUGUCCUCUUCGGUGCACGCUGCUAUUCAUGGUGGUGCUAGUUCCGGUUUUGAAAUGGAGAAAUGGGAAUCUGGUAUAGGCCUUGAACCUGAGGUUCGCGAUUUCAUCAUUGCAUGGAAAAACAGAAGAAGCUUCUCCAAUCCUUCCAGUAACAGUGGUUACCCAUAUGGUGGUAUGCCUUCUAACAAUCAAGGCUAUACCAAUGGUGCUGACUCUGGUUCUAGACAACCAAGCUUUAGCUCACCUGAAGAGCAAGCUGCAUAUGAAAAAGCCCAAGCUAAGAAGAAGAUGGAAGAAAAAUUAGCUGCAUUGGGUAUUAAGAGAAAGUCAGGUAACUCUCAGUCAGUUUCUGCCUCUCCUAAUCCCCCACAAUUAUCGCAGAGACCAUCCCCACAGCAGAGCUACUCCCCACAGCAGCAGCAACAACAACAGCAGCAACAACAGCAGCAACAGCAACAACAACCUCCUCCAGCACCACCGGCACCACCGGCACCACCAGCAACCCAGGCUCAAUCUGCCCCUCAACAACAGUACCAACAACAUUAUCAGCAACAAUACCAGCAGCCAACACAGCAGCAGUACCAACAACAAAAUGCCUCUAGCCCAGUAAAUGCUGUUUCCCCACCACCACCACCACCACCAGCCGUCGCCGCCGCUCCGGUGGCUCAUGAAGAGUCUGAUGAGGAUUCAGACGAAGAAGAGAGAAGAUUGUUGCAACAAUUGGAAAAACUGAAGUUAAAGAAGAAGCAAGAAAAGGAGGCAAGACUGGCUGCAAGGAACCAAAGUCCUGUUCCUGCUGCCACUCAACAACCUUCUGCACAUGUUCCCGCCCUCGCACCUGCAUCUGUAAAACCAGAAAAGAAGGACGAUGAGCACGAUUCAUGGGACGACGAACCAACUCCAACAAACCCUCCUCCAAGAGAAUCUCAAAGCUCUUCUCACCAUCAACACAAUCCUUUUGGUCAAAACCAAAACACCGCUAACACUCAACCAACACCAAGUGAAACUCCUAAAUUGAGUAGCACCCCUACUGGUGGCAGAAACCCAUUCUUUAAGCAAACUCCAACUCAAACAUCAUCUUUCGAUAUGAGAGCUGCUGAACAGCAGAGAAGGAUCCAAAGAGGGUUAGAUGACAGUGAUGGUUGGUCAGAAGAUGAGGAUGAAGAUGAUAAAAAGAAGGAGCAAGAAGAAGAAAAGAAGAAAGAGGCAAAUGCUGCUCUAGUCCCAGUUGCACCACCUUUGCCACAAGUUUCUUCUAGUCCUGAAAAGGAAUCUGCCCAAUCAGCAGCUCCGGUACCAAUUGCCCCUCCUCCAAUUCCAUCUUUAGGUGCUGGGUCUUCCGUUAUACCACCACCACCUUCACUGCCAUCCUCUAUAAAUGAAGAGGAGCCACCAGUGCCAGUGGCACCACCAUUACCACAAGUCAACAACAACGACAACAACAAUAGCUCGCUACCACCAGUUCCUGUUGCACCUCCAUUGCCACAAGUCAACAGCAGCAACAGCUCACUUCCACCUGUUCCAGUGGCUCCUCCUUUGCCUCAGGUUAAUAGUGGUAAUGUUGCUCCUGCCCCAGUGGCACCACCAGUUCCAGUGGCACCUCCACUGCCACAAGUUAGCUCCAACACUGACACACUAGCGGUCUCUGGCGCAUCUGCAGAUGGCGAACAAGCCGGUUCUGACGACGCAUCUGAUGUUCUAUCGAUCCCAGACUCUGUUGCUUCGGAUGACGAUAAGUUCCAUACUCCUGCCCCAACUACAGAACCACAACCGGAACCAGAAUCUUCUGUUCCAGACGCUUCUGCUCCAAGCUCUGCAAUUCCAGUGCCACCACCUCCACCACCAAUGCCGGUGAUCCCACCUCCUCCACCAAUGCCAUAA